AUGUCUGUCAGAGGCUCCGAAUGGGUGGACGACGCAUCGCACGAGGGAUCCAUUGAAGGUCAUGAUGGGCCGUCGGAGAAACGUGCCAAUAAGAAGAGAAAGGUCUUGUCAUGCUACGCCUGCCGUAGUCGCAAGAUGAAGUGUGAUCGAGUUUAUCCAGUGUGUGGACGAUGCGAGAAAACUGGAAGAUCUGACCAGUGCGCAUAUGAUCCUCGACUGCUAGAGGAAUCAAUGAACGGACACACUGAAGGCGACAAUGGCCCGAUCGUACUGAGUGAUAACAGUGAGAACAGCGCGAAGAACCCAACGCAUGGAGACGCAGCUGCUAUGUCUCUGGAAUGGAAGAUGCGAUCGCAAGAGAGACGUAUUGAAAGUCUUGAACACAAACUCGCCGCUCAAGAUCCCAACAAUGAGCAUCUGCGGCAAGAACAUUUCAGCUCGGAAGUACCCAGCAUCCCGGAAGAGAUGGUCUUCAGAGGCAAAGGCUUCAAGACCUCCUUUCAUGGAGCCACAUCUAUAAUGAGUUCAAUUACACGUUACCGUCAGCUUCAAUCGUUCACGCGUGAGGCUCUGACUGUCGACCACCCGAUUAAGCAUAUCAAAACAGAUUUCAAGACGUUCCGAGAUCGCAAAAAGAGUUUUGCACACGGACAAAGGGGAAAGUUACAUGGGACCGACGAGGAAGUGCUUGCUGCUCUUCCCCAGAGGAGUGUAAUCGAAACGCAAGCCGUCAUUUACUUCCAGACUUGGGAGACAAGCUAUAAGAUCUUACACCAGCCAUCCUUCUGGGAUGAGUAUGGUCAGUUCUGGGAGCACUCACACACCAGCGAAAAUUCGACGAGUUUUGCCGUAAUCCUCCUCCUCAUUGUCGCAUCAACAAAAUGCGUGAACCAUAGGACCGACGUCUUUAUUGCUGACACCACGGUGGAUCGCCAAGCUGCCGCCGAACUCAUCGAUAUUUGUGACGCAUGGAUUGCUCAGCAGCCACGCAAGCGACCGACGCUGACAUUCUUCCAAGUACAUUGCUUAUCUCUGCUUGCCAAGCGGGCGAACUGUGUUAGAGUGAAGCAGGACUGGGUCAACUCGGGGGACCUUGUUCGUCUUGCUAUCGCAUCCGGAAUGCAUAGAGACCCUACUUUACUUGCUACAGGCAAGAUUUCCGACUUGAACAAAGAAAUGAAGAAACGACUUUGGGCCACUAUUGCCGAGCUCGAACUACAAUCUUCACUCGAAGCUGGUUUACAAUCUUCUCUCACCAGUCUUUACAUUGACACCCCAGCUCCGAUGAACGUAGACGACGAGUCACUCUCUAGGGAGCCCCCUCAAAUGCAAUUGGAGCAAUUCACAUCCGUGUCUUAUCUUGUAGCCUCCUACAAGUCGCUGCCACUUCGGAUACAGCUGGCUCAAUUACUCAACACGCCUACCAGCAAUCUUCAAUAUUCUGAUGUCCUGCACUAUGAUGCAUGUAUACACAAAGCCAUUGCGUCACUUCCUAAUUGGGAAGAGCGUCUUGCCCAGUUCGCAUCGGCCCUUCUACGACUACAACUUUGGCAGUAUCUAAUAAUGCUUCACAAACCGUAUGCAAAGCUAGCGCCAAAAGAUCCGCGCUAUGUGUACUCUUUCACCACAAUUAUUGACACAGCAAGCUCCAUUAUAGGAAUAUACCAAGAUAUGGACCCUAGCAGAGUCUUGGCGCUCAAUCAUUUUCGUAAUGAUGUUCUCAGAGUUGGCAUAACCAUCUCUCAAGUGAUAUACGCGAACUGCAAUCCGAUUGAGGUCAAAUCAGCAAUGUCUUUGAGCCGAGAUAUACACCCCAAAUUCGCUCAUUCGGAGAGCCAUUUCGCUGAUAUUCCAAUCCACGAACGGAACGGCCAACUGAGUGUCCCGCUGACUCUUGCAGUUUUGCCGACAAAACCAUCACUUUCUCGAACCUUGUGCCUCACAGCACUUGAACUACUCGAAAGCACAAGGGAAAUUUUCGAGCACAAAGUCAUGCGCCUUGGUACAGGAUAUAUGGAGUUUUGGCUUUUGUCUGCAGCAAUUGGCAUGCUACCAGCACCACCAUCUCCUUCUACAUCGAUUGCGUACGUCACACAUGCGAAGGAUGACAUCCCAGCAAGGUGUAAGAGGACGCUUGAUACGUUUACUGCUCUGGCGUUUCGUGUUUUGGCGCUUCAGAAGGAUGGCCAAACGAAUUUCUCAUCAACAUCAAUGCCCAGCAUCUCGCCGUCGGAGGCAAGGACACCGAAUGCGGCGGCAGGUAACGUUGCCGAUUCGAAUGGGACGACUCAGCCCACAGACCCUUCGAUUUAUAAUGGUGUACCCGAUCUUGGCCUAGGUGUGGUUUCAGGAGAUGCCUCGAAGGAUCUUGGAGGCCCUUUUGAUGUUCUGCAGGACAUGCAAGUCGACAUGAGCGGGUGGCCGUUUCCAGAUUUCUGGGAAUAUGACUUAGGCGGAGAUUACUGA